UGUAUUUAAAAGUUUUUUUUUUUUUUUUUUAAGAUUUCCACAAAGCUUGUAUACAGGAAUGAAACUUAAUUUGUUUUUGCCUUGUCUUUCUUGCUUGGUGUGGGCAAUCAGUGAUGUUAGCUGUGAAAGAGAUUAUUAUGAGGUCUUAGGUGUCAAUAAAAAAGCUAGCAACCGGGAUAUAAAAAGAGCAUUUCGAAAGCUAGCCAUGCAGUAUCAUCCAGAUAAAAACAAAGAUCCCAAAGCAGAAGAGAAAUUUCGUGAAAUAGCGGAAGCAUAUGAAGUACUGUCGGAUGAAGAAAAAAGAAGAGAAUAUGACCAAUUUGGAAGAUCUGUUUUCAGAAAUGCUGGUCAAGGAGGAAGUCAUCAGGGAUUUAAUUUCAAUUUUAAUGAUUUUUUUAGAAAAUUUGAUGAAUUUUCAUCAUUUAAAUCUAGAUCAUCUAGUAGAACUGGAGGUGGAUCUGGAGGCUUUAGUUUCAGCUUUGGUGGUGAUAAUAGCUUUUUUAAUUUUGAAGAUUUAUUCUCAGACUUUGAACCUGAAGAAGAGCAAUUUGGAUUUCAUGACUUUUUUGGUAGUCAAGAUAGUUUUUUUGGCACCCACUUCCAACGUGGCGGUAGUAGACAAGUGCACACACACAGCCAAACUUACAGUUCAUCAAGUCAUGGUGGCCGCUGCAAGACAGUUACACAGCGUGUUGGAAACAUGGUAACAACAUACACACAGUGUUCUUAAUGAUUAAAUUAAGAACUUGUAGAUGUAUUAAUUUUGCAGUUCAAAACAUGUAAAAAUUAUUUAUAUAAAUAAGAGUGCUUGAAAGUGUACAGACAUUGUGCCAUUGUGUUUAGAACUUUUAAGUACAAAUUUGUAUAGCUUUACGAGUGGCAGAUACAGCCUGUGAUUUUUAAAAGAUGUUCCCUAUGUUGGAUGUCAUAUCAAUAUGCCUCUGUAAUUCUGUGAUAUGAAAAUUAUAAAUCUCAAUAUAAAAUUAAAACUUUUAGUGUCUUUUUGGUAUUUAUCUUGUGUUGAUAUUUAAAUAUUGCUGUUAUCAAAAUACCAAAGCAUAAUAAAAAUGAAUUUCAUAUUACAGUACUAAGUCUGAGCAUCUGGGGAAAAAAAAAUUUUAAGUCUAGGAAUGAAGAAUAUAUAUUCAAGGGAAAAGAGAUGUGCCCCCCUCCCCUCCGAGUAACAGAUUCAUCAACCAUCUGCUGGCCAGGGAAAUAGCAUGGCAGCUAGUGACAAUACACCAACUAAUAUUAACCGCAAACACACUUUUGGCCUUUGAGUGGUGGCCUUUUUCUGUCUGACCUAAAGAAUGAGUGAAAUCCCUUCUUUAACCUUUCUGAUAUGAAGCAUCUUAUUAUUUUGUUCCAUCUAUCAAAAUUAGUUGUAGUAAAUGAUAAUGUUUCCAUUUUACUUUUCCCUGAAACUACAUCCAUCCAUUCAUCCAUCCAUCCAUUAACUAAUGGAUAUCAAAAUUUGCAUGCAGUGAAAUACAGAAUAAAGUAUCUUUUCAAAAUCUGAUGUAGCAAGAAAUCUAGAAAAAUUUUAAUAUAAAAUCUAAUGUAUGGGAUAUUCGAAGUUCAUGAAAGGAUGUAUAGGCAAAUAUUUUUUAAAAUACCUCGUAUAAUAUAUACCCAGCUACCAUAUUUCAGGCUAAUGAUGGAAGCCAUGAAUCAGGUUGUUUUCAGAUAUCACAAAUAAAAAGCAAAAUUUUCCAACUAAUGGAUUAUAAGAAAUGGGAAAUGAAGAUGAUUUAACUGGAGUCUUACACUGUGAUGGCAAUGCCUUGAUUGCAGAUAUCUUUGUUAUGGUUUUAAAUCCAGAAAAUAUCGCCAUUUCAGCUUUGAUUCUCAUUUUAACUUCAUGCGGUAGUGAUUCAAAAUUUUGUUAUGCAAAAUAUCUAUUUUUAGACUAAUGGUAAUGAAGAUUAUUUUAAAUUUUACAAUUUGCAUACAUUACUAUAUUUACACUGAUGACAUUAAAUCAGAAAUGCUUAAGUCCUAAUGAUUCUGGAUCUUGACUUUUUACUGUAUUAUAGAAAAGAUAAAGCAAGAGAUAAUAUUUCCUUUUGUAUUCAAAGUAUUUCUAAAUAAGAAUAUAAAUAUUAAAAAUAAAAAUAAUAAAGACUUAUAAUCAUUAUUUUAUAUUUAUUAUAAAUUUAUUCUUUUAUAUAGUAAUAAAGAAUCAUUUUAUUAAUAUUCUUUUAAUGGUUGUGAUGAUAUUCUGUUUUCAAAGUAAUAUAUAUUUGACUAGGUUUAUUUUCUGUAAUAUUAGAAAUCUGAAUUUUUAUUAUGUAUUGAAUAAUUCAUCAAGAAUACUUUUUCUAAAUGUGCACAGAAUUAAUUUCUGUGUAUAUCGGUUAUAAAGCAGUAUUUUGAAAAAUGUAUAAAACGUCUAAAAUGUUGAUGUAUUUUCAGUGCUUUUAAUGAUGUACUAUAUUAUGCUUAUCAAUUUUGCCAAAUUUCCAUACCUCUGUCAAAAUUUCACUUUCAUUCACAUAACAGUAACAUCAGCACUGAAUUAUAAAAAGAAAAAAAAAAAACAUUUAGGAAAAAUAACAAUAUUCUACACUUUAUCUUAUUCCUCAAUACAUUAAUGAAAAAACAUAGAACUUUGAGCAAGCUUGAGUGCACUUUACAUAAUAGCACCUACAAAUAAAUAUAUACAUUUUAAGCUAUUUUCUUUAUUUAUGCUUUUUCUUCUUUUUGUGCUUAUGAUGUGACUUUUUCCUUUUUCUUUUAUGCUUCUUUCUUUCAUCACUAGAACUUUCAGAACUAGAUUCAGAGGAUGAACUUGUAGAAGUAUCUGAAGAUGCUAGAAGAGCUUGUAAUUGUUGUACUCUGUAAAAAUAUUUCACAUUGUGUAAAUAAAAUUCAGUAUUUACAGAACUAUUAAAAUGCUAUUUUUGCAGGUUAAAAAA